AUGAAUGCAUCAUCAUCGGGAUCGUUGCAGAUCCAAACAGAUCAAGCAACGAAAAAACAUGUUACUUCACCAUCACCUUCGGAAUAUGGUGAACAUAAAAAGAGGAAAGUAACGCCGUUAUUUGAACACACAUCAAGCCAAAACAAGCAAGAGUUUUUGCGAGGAUUUUUAAAACGUCUACGAACGUGGGGUUUAGGAGCUGCCUCGACCUCUAUUCAAACCUUGAUUUCUUUUCUCACCAACAAUAGCAAUGAAUUUUUAGAUGAUUAUCAUCAUUUUAUUGAAUCAGCACAGAAAAUCAAAGAAAGUUUUGCUAAAGAGUCUUCAGACUUGAAACAAUCACCGGAAUUAUUGCGUGAGAGAUAUAUAAAUGAUACAUUGAACUGCUAUGGAUCUAAUUCAUCAUUUCUUUUUGAAAGGAAUGCAUCCAUAGAAGAUGUUGAUAAUGAGGGAGAAGUGGUACUUUUAACAAGCGAUGAGGAGGAAGAGGAGGUUGAUCAUUAUGCAAUAACAGACCAAGUAAUUACGACUAGUUCAACAACGGAAGCGGAAGAUAUGGAAGAUGUCACUCUCUCUUCAGGAACAGCGAGCUCAUCCAGUGGCCAAAUUAUUUCAUUAGUACCACCAACCAACACGACCUCUAAAUCUAAUGGUAGAAAUUGGAGUCGUGAGAAAUGGAUAACCUCUCUCACUGAACAAUUGACUAACUUCAAUGUUGAUCGAUUAACUGAGCAGCAGAAAAGAGCUUGUAAAACGAAUUCUCACUAUUUAUUAGAAUCUACAGCCAAGGAGGACUCCAAUAAGAAGAGAUACAGAAAUUUAUUCACAGAAUUCCCUGCAUUGUUCUAUAUUUAUUCAUACACAAACUUCAUUGGACGAAUAACAAUGGUAAAAUCAAUAUUCGAGGAUAAUCCAGAUUUAAAAAGCUUGACCCAAAUUCCUCCAGAUAAAAUUAUUUGGCAUUAA